AUGGACGAUAAUGUUACAGUGGCGACACGGCAGAAGAAAGGCAGCGUGACGAGUGUUAAGUAUCCCGCAUUUCACUCUCCAUCUCCGUUGGAAUCAGCAGCGUCUCCGUUGAAAUUGUUCGUGAGCAUGGUCAAUCUUUCCGGUCUGCUCUUCGCCGUUGCAGCAUCAGCAACGACUAUAUCUCAGAUCACUGGCAAUAGAUUCCAAUCUCCAUUGAAUGGCACAGCUGUGACGAAUGUCACCGGCCUCGUUAUAGCUAAAGCCCCUAACGGGUUCUGGCUGAGAAGUACCACACCAGAUUCAGAUGAGCGCACCUCCGAGAGGACUGCGAACCUUACUGUCGGAGACAUCAUCACACUCGAUGGCCGUAUCACUGAGUAUAGAAGCUCUAGCACUUAUCUCUACCUCACCGAGCUCGACAGCCCUAGCAAUAUUCAUGUGACGUCGAGGAACAACGCCGUGGUGCCUUUGGUCGUUGGUCGUCCUGGUCCAGCUGCUGCACCUCUACCUCCUUCGCCGCCUCCGCCUCCGCCACCUGGCAAUGGACCUGCUCCUCCGCCUCGUCCAUCUUCGCCUGCUAUCGGGCUGGGGGAGCCCGUCAAGCGUACGAAUCUACGGCCCCCAACUGAGGAAUUCAGCGGCCUGGACAACGGCGAUGUCUUCGGUGUGCCUAACGAUGUAUCACGUAUCUCAGCGGUAAACCCUGCUCUCGAACCGAGAAGACCAGCGGACACCUUUGGCGACCAGUGGAUCUAUGGCGAUUGGCGCAUCUCCGGCCGCAACUCUCGUGGUGGCCUCACCGUCAGAGGCAGUGACUCGAACCCCGAAUCUCUCAUCGUCGGCACUCCUCUGGAUGGUACCCGCAACGUCAACACCACGAAGCUGGGUGACGAACUCAACGAUGUCACUGGUACCAUUCAGUACACGUUCGGCUUCUACAAUCUGCUCCCACUCACGGGACUAAUCAUAAAGAAGUCGAUACAGCCAGAGAUUCGUAUAUGGUUACGAUCACCCGAUAGUAACCGUAAGCACUACCGCUUACGCUUACUCGAGCACAAAGGCAAGUACGCUACUUACUUAAGGGUCUAG